CAUAGCAGGCUUCGAGUCGACGCAUAGCAGGCUAUGAGUCGACCGCUCGCGCGAAAAUGCAGUUUUUUGAGCGUUUUUCACUGUGUGAGGCUGUUUUUUGGUUGUUGAGUUAGUUAUUUUCCAGAUUUUGUUCACAUAACUCAUUUUUCACUAAUUUCACUUCAAAUUUGCUAAUUGAGAUUAGUAGAGUGGAUUAGCAUUGGUACAAAUCACUAAUUGUAACAGAAUUUGAGAAGACAUUUUUCAUUCUCCAAGAAUCAUAACAGAAUUUCCCUCCCAAAACCUCUCAAAUUCUCCAAACUUCAUCAUACAUUUUUCAUCAAUUCUCAUCCAAUUCUUCAUCAUUUUUUAUCAUUCUUCUUGGAUCUACACUCUACAAGUGAUUGUGCAUAACUGUUUCAACAACCUCGUGGCCAAAGCUUGCUGAAUUUGGACUGUGGCAUUCAAGGUCAUCAAUGGCAAUUUCAUGAUUCUUCAAGCUGGAGCUGUUUUGAAGCUGCAAAACCUCUUUCAAUCAUCUUCCUAAGCUUCAAUCAACUUCUGUUUUCAUCUUGUGGAUCUUGAAACACGCGAUUGCAACUUCUACACAUUCAUAAGGUACUUUAGUUGCUCAGUUCCUUGUGAACUUUUGCUUUGCGUUGCUUAAGCAACUUGCAUUGAGGAAUCAUUGCUCGUGCUCGCAGAACUGUACCUUUGCACUCGACCCGUCCUCACAGAUACUUCACCCGGUACAAAUCCAAACUGAUGGAUCCGUCCAACGCUGACAUUCUCGAGCUGAAAGAGAAGAUGGGAGAACUGAUCAGUGUCAUGCAAGAGUUCGCCUUAGAGCAGAAAGUACUUGCCGAAAAGGUGAGGAGGAUUGAAGACUGGCUGAAGAUGGGGAGCAUGCAAGGAAACGCUUCGUCAUCUGGACCGAAGAAAUUCUUUGGUAAUGACCAGCACAAGAAAAAUGAGGGUAAUAUCAGUGCGGUCUACGCUCAGAGAGGACCCAGUAGGGAUCGUUACUUCCAGCACACCGCUGCGGUAACUAUUCCAGCUGACAAUCAGCCUGCACAACAGCAACAGCAGCGUCAGCCAUUUCAGCGGAGGUCUCCGAGGGUAGGAUAUCCAGUCAGGAGGAGGAUGAGUGAUCGGCAUUUUGACAGGCCGCCUGUGACAUACUCUGUCCUAUUGAAAAAGUUGAAAGAUAUGGGGCUGGUACAGUUGAGGACUUUGGCGCCUAUGGGACCUGAUCAAAGGCCAGCCAAUUUUGAUGAAAAUGUCAAAUGUGAAUUCCAUUCGGGUGCUCCCGGGCACAGUGUAGAGGACUGCAAAGCUUUUAAGCACGUAGUCCAAGACCUGGUGGAUUCCAAGGCUAUUAACUUCGCACCAUCUCCGAAUGUUAAUGCCAAUCCCAUGCCGGCGCAUGGUCAGGCGAUGGGGAAUGCAAUUACUGAAGAUUCAGAUUACACCCGGGCAGUGGGUAAAGAAACUAACAGUGACUGGGGAAUUGAUCAGUGGAUAAAAUCGUGCGUACCAGGAAGCUGGAAGGCCUAAAAGAUCAACUCUGUUACUCGUCUGGAAGAGUAUUAUUUCUUGUUUUCAGUUUAUUUGCAUGAAAGCCAUACGUGUUGCCCGACACGUAAUGGUCCAUUGUAAGGGCCACCUCAUGUUUAAAUUUGCAUU